AUGCUAUUAAUUACAUACUCUGAAGAAAUUUUGGAUGGUGAACCAAUAAAUGUAUCAUCCAAUUGCCUUCCGGUCAAGGCACUAAACCUCGAACCAGCUGGGCAUGCUUUUCACUCUGCUGCUCUUAGGUCGGUUGGCCACUCGGUGGAGGCAGAUGCAGAAGAUGACACUGAUAAGGAAGCUCCGAACCAGAAAGAACGUGUAUACGUGGAGUCAUCUGAAUCAUACAGCAGCAAGGGGAAGAAGAAAACUAGCGGUGGUGAACAGGAUCAUUAUGCCUUAUUGGGUUUGAGCCACUUAAGGUAUCUAGCCACUGAGGAUCAGAUCAGGAAAAGUUACCGUGAGGCUGCCCUGAGACAUCAUCCCGACAAGCAGGCUGCACUCUUGCUUACCGAGGAAACCGAGUCUGCCAAGCAGGCUAAGAAGGACGAGAUAGAAACCCGUUUCAAGGCCAUUCAAGAAGCGUACGAGGUUCUGAUCGACCCUGUUAGAAGAAGAAUAUACGACUCAACUGACGAGUUUGAUGACGAGGUCCCUCAGGAAUGUGCACCGCAGGAUUUCUUCAAGGUUUUUGGGCCUGCCUUCAUGAGGAACGGGCGUUGGUCUGUGGCCCAACCUGUCCCUCCACUUGGGGAUGAUACAACGCCACUAAAAGUAGUGGACAGCUUUUACAAUUUCUGGUACAGCUUCAAGAGCUGGAGGGAAUUUCCUCAUGCUGAUGAGUUUGACCUUGAGCAGGCCGAGUCCCGUGAUCACAAGAGGUGGAUGGAGAGGCAGAAUGCGAAGCUCUCGGAGAAGGCGAGGAAGGAAGAGAACGUGCGCAUACGUACCCUUGUCGAUAAUGCCUAUAAGAGGGACCCGAGAAUAUUGAGAAGAAAAGAGGAAGAAAAAGCCGAGAAGCAGAGGAAAAAGGACGUGAAGCUUUUGGCCAAGAAAUUGCAGGAGGAGGAGGCAAUUAGAGCUGCCGAGGAGGAAAAGCGCCGGAAAGAGGAGGAAGAUAAGAGGGCCGCCGAGGCCGCCUUAAUUGAGAAAAAAUCCAAGGAGAAAGAAAAAAAGCUGCUGCGCAAGGAGCGAGCCCGCCUCCGGACGCUUUCCGGGCCAAUCUCGUCUCAGCAUUUGCUUGACCUUACUGAUGAACACGUGGAGAGUCUUUGUUCGUUUCUGGAUAAAGAGCAGCUCCGAAGCUUAUGUGAUCAGAUGGAAGGAAAGGAAGGUGUAGAGAGUGCUAAGAUUCUGAGAAAGGCACUCGAAUCCGAUCUCAAGCUGAAAUAUGAGAAGGAGGGCGAGCACAAUUCAAAGCAGAAUGGUCCUGUAACUGGUCACGGGCAAGUUUCUUACAUCGGCAACGAGAAAAAGGAAAAACCAUGGAGUAAAGAAGAGAUUGACCUUCUGAGGAAGGGCAUGGUGAAAUACCCGAAAGGGACAUCCCGAAGGUGGGAGGUGAUUUCUGAGUAUAUCGGCACCAAUAGAUCUGUGGAAGAGAUUCUCAAAGCCACAAAAACGGUCCUUCUGCAGAAGCCUGACUCAGCCAAAGCAUUCGACUCCUUCCUUGAGAAAAGGAAGCCGGCAAAAACAAUUGCAUCUCCCCUUUCGACUAGAGAGGACCUGAAGAGUGAGCUGAGUGGGAAUGAAUCUGUUGACUCAGACAAUUUUCCCAAGCCGUCAACAAAUCAAAGUGGAAACAUCCCAAGCUCGGAUGACAGUAGUAUGAUGGCUAAUGGAAUUAGUUCAAGUCCAGAUCAAGAUAUCCUGUGGUCGGUUGGUCAGGAAAAAGCUUUGGUCCAGGCUCUGAAAACUUUCCCAAAAGAAACUAGCCAGAGAUGGGAACGGGUUGCGGCUGCAGUUCCAGGGAAAACCAUGGGCCAGUGCAAGAAGAAGUUUGCGCUGAUGAAAGAGAGCUUCAGGACAGGUAAUGCAAACAUCUCAAGCAAUGAUGAUUCUCAGGAGUCAUCCACUUCAGACGGGAAAAGCAACAAAAGUGCGGUGAAAACAGAGUCCGACAUGAAAACAGAGUCCGACAAUGGCACACCAUCAGGUUCUGAUACAGAUGCAUGGUCCGAUGUUCAGGAGAAAUCAUUGAUCCAGGCCCUCAAAACCUUCCCUAAAGAAACUAACCAGAGGUGGGAGCGUGUGGCUGCGGCUGUUCCUGGGAAAACGGUAAAUCAGUGCAAGAAAAAGUUCACAUUGCUUAAGGAAAGCUUCAGGAACAAGAAAAGUGGCGUUUAG